CGCAGCCAAUAGAACAGCGGGAGAGAGUAUAUACUUAAGGCCCAUUGAAAUGGUUGAAUACAUACUGGUGGGCAACGGUGCAGAGAAUAUGCUCGCGUCGUUUAUUCUUUUGGCUUCGUAGAGGGAGCGGUCAGAUUUUUGGAGAAGGGAUCACUUCAAACCCUACGAGGGAGGAGACAGAGUUGCAGAACGAGGUUUAAACGGUAGACUUGGGGGGUGAGAGAGAGAGAGGGAGAGAGAGUUAGGUUUAAUCUUCAUUAGGAUCACGAAGUUGCAGAGAGCGCGGGUUUGGAAAACCCUCGAUUGGGUCUCAUUUUCCAUUUUUAGCAAAUUCCAGUCUCAUUUUCCUUCUUGUUGAUCUGAAAGAGGUAUAUGAAGCUCUGUAAUCUGAUCUGCAAAGUCUACAUCUUCAGCCAUUAAGUAAGAAGCAGAGCGAAACAAAAAAGAGUCAAGAUGAGGAUUAUGAUAAAGGGUGGUGUGUGGAAGAACACGGAAGAUGAGAUCCUCAAAGCGGCGGUUAUGAAAUAUGGGAAGAAUCAAUGGGCUCGGAUCUCUUCGCUUCUUGUUCGCAAGUCGGCGAAGCAGUGCAAGGCUAGGUGGUAUGAGUGGCUCGAUCCAUCCAUAAAAAAGACUGAAUGGACCAGAGAAGAAGAUGAAAAGCUGCUUCAUCUUGCUAAACUCAUGCCCACACAGUGGAGAACAAUUGCCCCUAUUGUGGGCCGAACUCCAUCUCAAUGCCUUGAGCGUUAUGAGAAACUGCUUGAUGCUGCCUGUGUCAAGGAUGAAAACUAUGAACCCAGUGAUGACCCACGGAAAUUGCGACCUGGUGAGAUUGAUCCGAACCCAGAAUCCAAACCUGCACGUCCAGACCCUGUUGAUAUGGAUGAGGAUGAAAAAGAAAUGCUAUCAGAAGCAAGGGCUCGGUUAGCAAACACCAGGGGAAAGAAGGCAAAGAGGAAAGCAAGGGAGAAACAGCUUGAAGAGGCCAGAAGGCUUGCUUCUUUACAGAAGCGGAGGGAAUUAAAGGCCGCUGGCAUUGAUAAUAGACAUAGGAAGAGGAAAAGGAAGGGGAUAGACUACAAUGCAGAGAUCCCCUUCGAGAAGAAACCACCACCAGGGUUUUUUGAUGUUGCAGAUGAAGAGAGACUGGUGGAACAGCCUAAGUUUCCAACAACUAUUGAAGAACUUGAGGGGAAAAGGAGGGUAGACAUAGAAGCUCAAUUAAGAAAGCAAGAUACUGCAAAAAACAAAAUUUCACAGAGACAGGAUGGUCCUUCUGCUAUUUUGCAAGUCAACAAGCUGAAUGAUCCUGAGACAGUCAGGAAGAGAUCGAAACUGAUGCUUCCUGCACCACAGAUUUCAGAUCAUGAAUUGGAAGAAAUUGCUAAGAUGGGCUAUGCAAGUGACCUUAUUGCAGGGAGUGAGGAACUUUCAGAAGGAAGUGGUGCUACACGGGCUCUUCUAGCAAGUUAUGCUCAGACGCCACGACAAGGGAUGACUACGCUGCGGACCCCUCAGAGAACGCCUGCUGGGAAAGGUGAUGCCAUUAUGAUGGAAGCUGAAAACCUUGCAAGAUUGAGGGAGUCACAAACACCAUUAUUGGGUGGGGAGAAUCCCGAAUUGCACCCGUCUGAUUUUUCAGGUGUUACUCCUAAGAGAAGGGAGAUUCAAACUCCAAACCCAAUGGCUACCCCUUCAUCCACACCUGGACCCAUGGGUCUUACUCCAAGAAUUGGCAUGACUCCAUCAAGGGAUGGCUACUCUUUUGGUAUGACUCCAAAAGGAACACCUAUCAGAGAUGAGCUUCAUAUAAAUGAAAUGGAUAUGCAUGAUAAUGCUAAGCUUGAACUCCGGAGGCAAGCUGAGGUUAGAAGAAACUUGCGUUCUGGUUUAACCAAUCUUCCACAGCCAAAAAAUGAAUACCAAAUAGUCAUCCAGCCGCCUCCAGAAGAAAAUGAAGAGCCAGAAGUUAAGAUUGAAGAAGAUAUGUCAGAUAGGAUGGCUAGAGAAAAGGCAGAGGAAGAAGCAAGGCAGCAGGCAUUGCUUCGAAAAAGAUCAAAAGUGCUUCAGAGGGAACUGCCUAGACCUCCUGCUGCUUCGCUGGAACUUGUUAAGAAAUCAUUGCUGAGAGCUGAUGAAGACAAGAGUUCUUUUGUACCUCCUACUUCGAUUGAGCAGGCUGAUGAAAUGAUAAGAAAGGAACUCCUGAAUUUAUUGGAGCAUGAUAAUGCUAAGUUUCCAUUUGAAGAAAAAGUAGAAAAAGAGAAAAAGAAAGGGGUCAAGCGCUCUUCAAGUGGAAAGUCUGCUGUUUCAGUCCCAGUUAUAGAAGACUUUGGAGAAGAUGAACUGAAAGAGGCUGAUUCAUUUAUACAGGAAGAUGUUCAGUUUCUUCGUGUGGCGAUGGGGCAUGAGAACGAGUCCUUCAACGAAUUUGUUGAAGCACAUAAGACAUGUCUCAAUGAUCUGAUGUUUUUCCCUACACGCAACGCUUAUGGUCUCUCCAGUGUUGCUGGAAACAUGGAGAAACUUGCUGCAAUGCAGAGUGAAUUUGAAAAUGUCAAAAAGAAAAUGGAUGAUGAAGCUAAGAUGGCACACCGCCUUGAGCAGAAGAUAAAACUUCUUACUCAUGGAUAUCAGAUGCGGGCUGGAAAACUUUGGUCCCAAAUUGAGGCCACCUACAAGCAGAUGGACACCGCUGGUAUGGAAGUUGAAUGCUUCCAAGCUUUACAAAAGCAAGAGCAGUUGGCGGCAGUCAACAGGAUCAACAGUUUCUUGGAGGAAGUAAAGAAGCAGGAGGAGCUGGAGAAAACUCUACAAAGGCGCUAUGAGAAUCUGAUUGAAGAACAAGAUAGGAUGCAAAGGGUCCUAGAAGAGUACAAACUACAAGCACAAAAACAGGAAGAAAUAGCAGAAAAAAAUCAUGCUCUUGAGUUGUUGGAGCCUGUUACAAAUCAAACUGACAUGCCAAGUGCAGCAUCUAGUGAACCUGUAGCUUCUAUGGAAGUGAAUGAGACCUCUAUGUCAGUUGAACAUCAACGUGAUGGAGCUACUAUUGAGCAAGUAGAUGCUGCCCUAGAACAACCAAUUCAUCCAAGCCGAAAGGAUGCUGAUGGGGUUCACCAGUCAGGUGAGGGCAUGGAUCUAGAUGUAGUCCAUGGUGAUGCUAGUGCUGCAAAAGAAGAGAAGGAAACAGUUGUGCUGAUUAAUGGGAAUGAAGCACCUAGUGAUACUCAACUCUCCAGUGCUGAUGGUUACCACCCAAGUGGUGUCUUGUCCCAAAGCCAUACUAUCCCUAUUGAAGAAUCUGUUGACAAUGGUGAUGCUCUUUCAAGUUCUAUUGGUGCAGAGAGGACCAAGAUGAUGGUUGAUCAAUGUGACCAGAUAGCUGAUGGCACCAACAACAGUUUUGGAGUUAUCACAGAGGAGGUACAUGAUAUGCCUCAUUGUAGUACUUUGGAGUCCAAGUCACAAGUGGAGGAUGAUCAUGUUGUUACAGAAGCAGGGAAACCCGAUGGUGCUAUAAUCAAACCAGAUGAAGGUUUUCAGGAGACGACACAUGAUGGUUAUGGUAAUGGGGAUUUCAAGCUGGCUCCUACCAGUGAAGAUUGUGUGGUUAAUUCAGAUGGGGGCACAAUAGGGAAAACCGUGGAUGCAGUUGGUGGUGAAAAUGAAGUUGUGGAUGGUAAAGAUUCGGUAUCUGGUUCUGAUGGUGGGGAUCUCAACGACAAGCCUGCUGGAACUGUGACUACUUUCAACAAAAUAGAACAAGCAACAACAAUGUUGGAUGAGUGAUGAGGAUUGUUCUAUGUAAUAUCUUUCUGAGGAAAGUAGAAUAUGUAACAGCUCACCGUGCACCAUUUGAUGGUUUCUUAGGAUUGAUGAAGGUGUCAAGCUGAUUCACUUGCUUAAUCUUUCUGUGUCAAUUGGAUCGUCAUUGGUAGCUGCAAUUUUUCCAUUUAGGUUCCCCCAAGGAUUUGAGGCCCCUUACGUAUCGCCAUUAAGAGUGGGAGAGUUAAAUGCUGUCAUAUAUUUGUUUGUAUUCAUGACAUUGUAUGAAUUUGAGACUGCCAAGGUGAUGGCUCUGUGAAAAGAAAAUGCUUUAGAGGGAGUUGAAUAAAUUUUAGACGUUGUGGGA